AUGGAAGAACUGCUGCUGGGGAGUGAAGAAGCAGGCAAAGUUGACGGGCUGUCCAGCAACCGUGCAAGCUCCUGCACCACCCUCUUCGAAGUGGGGGGAAAGUCUCCACAACAGCAGCACCAGGAGGAGCAGGAGGAGGGACAGCCUGAACAGCAGCAGCAGUCCCCCGCCCAGUGCCAGCAGCACCUGUUGUCACUGGUUGCAGCUCCAGAGGCCCCCUCGGGAAAGAGCAUCCGCCGCUGGAUCUUGGAGGAGCUCUGGAGCUACUUCCCGCCCAGGACUGUUUAUAAAAUAAAAAAGAAGAGGGCACAUGCAAUGACUGAUUCCAGCAAGACAUCCCUGUCUCCUGUGGAGUAUGGUGAUCUUUACAAUAACACUUUGACAUCAGUUAAUAAUACCCCCAGUGAUGCUGUGCUCUACUUGAAUGCAGUCAUCUGCACCUUCUUCCCAUGUAUUAGCAUCAUUGGACUUGUGGGAAAUGGAAUUGUCAUCUGCCUUCUUGGUUUCCUCAUUAAAAGGAGCCCUUUCAUUACGUACGUCUUGAACUUGGCUGUUGCUGACUUUGGGGUCCUUCUGUUUGGAAGUCUACAUUCGAUUUUCGAUUUGACUCAUCAGACAAGAGUUUUUGCUCUGUAUAUAACAAUCGCUACAUGCAUUUCAUCCACAUAUGGUGCUAGUCAACUUCUAUUGACUUCCAUCAGCAUUGACAGGUGUCUGUCCGUCCUCUUCCCCAUCUGGUAUCGAUGCCACCGGCCGCCACACCUGCCCACCAUUGUGUGUGCCCUAAUAUGGUUUUUUGCCUGCCUGUCCUCAGGAAGUCAAGCAGUUCUCUAUGGUGCACAGUACUUUUUCUUUGAUGCUUUUUUCUGUCAGUUAAUAGCAUGUGGUAUUCUUUGCCUCCCUCUUGUCACUGUCUCCACUGCGAUUCUGUUGUUCAAAGUGUUUGGUAAAUCACGGCAGCCUCGGAGAGGAAAGAUUUUAACCAUCGUCCUACUUACUCUCCUUUUCUUCCUAAUCUUUGCUUUUCCGCUGAAUGCUAUUUACACAGUCUAUUAUUUUACUCAUAAUGUUAAUCUCUAUGCAAUGGUAUUUGGCUUAUUAUGUGUCUGUCUAAACAGCUGUGUCAACCCAGUGAUCUAUUACAUGGUUGGGAGAAAGAAGAGGGGGCAAGAAAGGCAGACCAUGAAGGGCAUACUCCAAAGGGCUUUCAAGGAAGAGGAAGGGCAGAGAGAAGAACGAAGGAACACAGCUCAGACUUCACUAUGA